GAUGAUGGUAGCACGCCGAUGGACUCCAAGAAUAUAGUCCCCAUGCAUGCUUGCAUAUGUAAGCGCUUGCAUUGGGUUAGCUUCUUGUUUGCAACAGGGAUCAGGAGAGCUAGCUAGCACUUAGCAGCUUGGACCUGCAGGGUCAGGUGUUAGACCUAGCUAGCUAGUCCUACGUUGCUGGUGCUCCAACGAUCCAUCGGCCAAUAAUGCAAAUAGCCUCCUGUUCUAACCUGUGUGACCAGAGCCCGCCGGCUCUUGCGCGGGAGGACUUCAUCGCCAUCAAUGGCACGGUGGUCGUGUCUUGCCACUUUGGCCUGUCGUUGCCGGGCAAGACCACCAUGCUCCGCCUCUUCAGCAGCACGCGGCUGGAUCACAACACGGGGAUGGGGUACCUGAGCGCGGAGGCGCCGCUUAGGGGCGGCAAGAAGACGAGGCACGGCGCCGGGAAGACGAACACCAUGACGUACCAGGUGACCUUCUUCGUGGACGCCGAUUUCGGCACGCCGGGUGCCGUCGUCGUCAAGAACGGGCUCCGGAACGACCAGAUCUUCCUCCGGUACGUGCAGCUCGACCUGCCCGAGGACGGUCGGAGCAUCCACUUCGAGUGCAACUCCUGGGUCUACCCCUACAAGAAAACCAACGCCGAUCGCGUCUUCUUCAUGAACACGAGCUACCUGCCUGACAAGACGCCCGAUGCCCUUCGUCUGCUGCGCGACAUGGAGCUGCGGAGCCUCCGUGGCAACGGCCGCGGCGAGCGCAGGGACUGGGAGCGCGUCUACGACUACGACUACUACAACGACCUGGGCGACCCCGACAAGAAGGACAAGGACCACGCCAGGCCGGUGCUCGGCGGCACCGCCGUGCACCCUUACCCGCGCCGCUGCCGCACCGGCCGCCCUCUCUUCAAGACAGGCAUCAAUCAAACACCACCGCGUACCACAGAUUUGAUUUUGAUUUUGAUUUUGAUUUCUUCAGCUAAAUUUGAUAAUGGAUUUGAUUUGAUUGACGAAGACGGCGUGACGGAGACGCGGAGCAAGCGGAUGAUCAACCUCGACUUCUACGUCCCGCCGGACGAGCGGUUCAGCCCCACCAAGCUUGCAGAGGUGCUGACGCUGGCGGUGCAGGCCGUGACGCACUUCGUCGUCCCGGAGUCCAAGGCGCUGCUCCGGGCCAACUUGGUCAACAGCUUCAGGUCGUUCCAGCAGCUCAGGGGCGACCUGUACAGCAGGAGAUCACCCCGGCAGCCGGUGGCCGUGGAUGCGCAGGUGAUGGACAGGCUCAAGGCGUCGCUGCCGUCGCGCAAGACCUACAUGCAGGUGUCCAAGAUGGUCAAGGAGACGCCCGUCAUGUUCCCCAUCCCACAAGUCAUCGAGGGUGAGGCAGAGGCAUGGCGUAGCGACGAGGAAUUCGCGAGGGAGAUGCUCGCGGGGCUCAACCCAGUGGUGAUCAAGAGAUUAGAGGUGUUCCCGCCGGUGAGCAGAGGAGGCAAGCAGAGCUCCAUUACCGCUGCGCAUAUCGAGAAGCAACUUGAAGGACGAACAGUCGCAAAGGCAUUAGAUGAGAAGAGGCUGUAUAUUCUUGACCACCAUGACUACCUGAUGCCGUACCUCGAGCGCAUCAACAGGCAACAAGGGGUGUGCGUCUACGCCUCACGCACGCUGCUCUUCCUCAAGGACGACGGCACCCUCAAGCCUCUUGCCAUAGAGCUCAGCCUGCCCAGCCCCAGUGACGACGGCGAGAUCAGUAGGGUCUUCCUCCCUGCCAGCCAAGGGACCACCGAUGGGCAACUGUGGUUGCUUGCCAAAGCUCAUGUCUCCGUCAAUGACUCAGGCUACCAUCAGCUCAUCAGCCACUGGCUGUUGACGCACGCGACGGUGGAGCCGUUCAUCAUCGCCACCAAGAGGCAUUUGAGCGCCAUGCACCCGAUCCAUAUGACAGAUUGACAGUUGACCAGCUCGCUUUGAGAGUCGCACUAUUUUAUCUUACUAUAACUAAUUAGAGAUCUCAACGUAUAGACACCAUGUUAACUCUCAUCAGACGUGUUAGGAAAAAGAUUCUCACAAU